AUGUCAAUUCCUCUUACCGAUAAAAUAGCCUACGGCACCAUGACCCUCGGCUUGAGAUCCACCCCAAUGAGUUUCGAUGAAGCAGCAGAUAUGAUUAACUAUGUUGUGACCAAGUACAAUGUAAAGUUCCUCAAUGGUGGAGAAUUCUAUGGCAAAGAUCACUACAACUUGAAGGUUUUUCAAAGAUACCUUGAAAAAUACAAUUCGCCAAAGAACAAAGAUUUGAUUGUGUCCAUCAAAGGCGCAUUCAACAUCUCGGAAAUGAAACCGGAUGGAAGUAAAGAGGGAAUUGACAGAUCGAUCAAAGCCAUUCUUCCAUAUUUUGAGGUUGAAAAUAGACCAAAGCUACUCUUCGAAGCAGCCAGGGUAGACCCAGCUGUUCCAAUUGAGAAUACUAUCUCUUACAUCAAUGAGUAUAUCAAGAAAGGAAAGUUGUCUGGAGUAUCUCUCUCGGAAGCCGGAAGCAAAUCCGUGGCCAAGGCUGCCAAGGUUGCUCCUAUCUCUUUUGUUGAAUUGGAAUUUUCAUUUUUCACCAGAGAUAUAGUUGACGAGGGUGUGUUCAAGGUUUGCUCCGACGAGGGCAUCCCAAUCAUUGCGUACUCUCCAUUGGGACAUGGAAUGUUGACUGACUUUCUGGUGGAGAACGCUGACAAGUUUUAUGAGCAAACUCGUUCGGACUUUCGGGCUACAUUCGAUAGGUUCACAGAUGAGAACUAUCAGAAGAAUGUCGAAGCCUGCAAGAAAUUGUACGAUUUUGCCCACGACGUGAAAAAGACAACCUUAGAAGCCUUGGCAUUGUCAUGGAUUGUCAAGGUUUCCGAAUCUACAAAUUUGUGGGGUGUUGAAAAAGUUGCGAAGAUUAUUCCGAUUCCUAGUAGCUCUUCCCCACUGAGAGCCGAUGCAAACUUUGGAAAACUUGUGGAACUCUCUGACGAGGAAUUUGCCCAGGUUGAGAAAAUCUAUGAGGAGAGCCGUAUGGUUGGAACUCGUGGUAAUGCCCACAUGGCCAAGUUUAUGUUAUCGUAG